GAUCAGUGUAGCCCUAGCAGUGCCACCUGUCAGUGUCCAUCAGUGCCUUAUGUCAGUGCUCAUCAGUGUCUCUGCCAGUGCCUACCAGUGCACAUCAAUGCCACAUAUCAGUGCCCAUCUGAGCUGCCUUUCAGUGUAACCCAUCAGUGCCAGUCAGUGCCACCUAUUAAUGCCAAUCAGUGGCACCUAUCAGUGCUGCCAAUCAAUGCCACCUAUCAGUGCCAGUCAGUGCCGCCUAUCAGUGCCAGUCAGUGCUGCCUAUCAGUGCACAUCAGUGCCGCCUAUCAGUGCCUGUCAGUGCCGCCUAACAGUUCCAGUCAGUGCCGCCUAACAGUGCCAGUCAGUGCUGCCUAUCAUUGCCAGUCAGUGCCGCCUAUUAGUGCCAGUCAGUGCCACCUAUCAGUGCUGCCUAUCAGUGCCAUAUAUCAGUGGCAUGUAUCAGUGAUGCCUUUCAGUGCCCAUCAGUGAUGCCUGUCAAUGCCCAUCAGUGCCCAUCACUGCAGCCUCAUUAGCGCAUAUCAGUGAAGGAGAAAAAUCAUUUUACACAAUUUUAUAACAUAAACUAAGAAAAAACAUUUUUAUUUCAAAAUUUUCUGUGAUUUUUGGUUUGUUUAAGAAAAAAUAA